AUGACGUCACAGAUGAAGAUGAUGGAUCGGGCCUUCGAUGGUUUUCUAUGGCAGGUCUGGAGGAAUUCACCCUUGAAUGUAAGAAAGGUGAGAAAUUAUGAGAUAGUUGAUUGUGUGGUGUGCCAGAAACCGAUAUCAGCAGGUCCCGCUUUUAAACGCUGGGGUCAAGACCUCUACUGUCAUUUUUCAUGCCUCAAUGCACCCACCAAUUACAAAGCCCUUCUUUUUCACUUCAGCUUUGGGCAUGAUCGCUUGAUCUUCACUGAAGAAGUGAAAAGUGAUGGCAAGGAGGACGUUCUUUGCUUGGGGUGCGAGAAGCCAGUUUUGGGUCCCGGAUACAAAUGCUCCACUUCCAAUUGCAAUUUACUCCUCCAUAAAUCAUGCGUUGACCUGUCUCCCCAGAUACAACAACACCCCUUCCACCCAAACCACACCCUUGUUCUUGUGAAGGCAGAUCAAAAAUAUUGUAAUGUUUGCGGUAAAAACUGCAAUAGGUACCCCUUUUACUGUUGCGGUGAGUGCGAUUUCAAUCUUCAUAUCAUGUGUACCACCACCCGCCCGCGAAUUAAUAAUGUUGACAGCUGCCAACAUGCAUUCGUCUCGUUCUUUAAGAAGAACCAAUUUACUUGUGACGCUUGUGGUGAGGAAGCCAAGGAGUUAGCUUCCCAUUGUAACAUCUGUCAACUCUUGAUUCACAACAAAUGUGCUCGGUUUCCACGCAUCAUCUGGAUUUCAAGACAUGAUCACUUCCUUGCUAUCACAUAUUCUCUUCAAGUCAAAGAGCACUUGGACAGCAACGUAUUCUGUAGACUUUGCUAUCAAAAGGUGAAGACAGAGUAUGCCGCUUAUUAUUGUCAGGAGUGUGGUUACGUGGCUCACUUGCAAUGUGCUUUUGAAAAUGAAGAAAGUGAGGAUCUCUGGUUGCUUCUAGAGAAAUCUAGUGAUUUAGCAACUGAUCAUGAUGCUAUGGAGGUUGAAGGCGUUGGGCAAAUAAAGCAUUUUAGCCAUCACCAUGAUUUAAUUCUUGGCAAUGAGGAGCUCGCAGAUGUUAAGUUUUGUGAUGGUUGUAUGGAAUUCAUCUCCACCCCGUUUUACAGUUGUACACAAUGCAACUUCUUUCUCCACAGUAGAUGUGCCAGGCUACCAAGAAAGAAGCAACACAUACUUCACCAACACCAGCUCACCCUCGUCUCACAUGUAUGGUUCAAGUGUGAUGCUUGUAUAAAUGUACGCGAUGGCUUCCCCUAUAGAUGUGACGUGUGUGAUUUCAACCUUGACCUUCAAUGUGGUUCAAUUUCGGAAACCUUGAAACAUGAAGGUCAUCAACACUCCCUCUUCCUUGCUGUUAAUUUUGAUAAAAGAUGUCAUGUUUGCAAUGCCACUUAUUCCAGGAAACCAGCUGGCAUGUUUGUAUGCACUAGUUGCGAUUUUGCCUUGGGUCUUGAAUGUGCAACUCUUCCGCUCAUAGCUAGGCACAGAUAUGACGAUCAUCUCCUCAAGCUCACCUACAUUGCUGAAGAACGUUGUAAAGAAUACUAUUGUUUAAUUUGCGAAGAAAAGAGAAAUCCAAAUCAAUGGUUUUAUUAUUGUGUAGAAUGCGACUUCCCUGCUCAUCCUCGAUGCGUUUUAGGAAUAUAUCUAUAA